AUGGCAGCGUAUAGGCGGUUGGUGCCGCUGUUUUUCCUCUUUUCCGUCACAUAUUUCAGUCUUCUCUGCGCUUUUGGCCUCACUGCAGACUCCCAGAAUGACGUAAAUUCAGAUAUUCAGACUCUAGCAACCAGCGACUUCGCUCUUGAGAGCGGUGCUAUGGAAGACGAGACUAGCGAUGACGUCUUCGAGGAUACCACGGACGAGGAAGCCGAUGACAGCAUCGCGGGUUCUUCCUUCUCACAGCUCACCACCCGCAAGGGCAAAGCUGCCGAUGGACGAAAACUUUUUGAGGCACUGCAGAAUGCCAUGGCAGACCAGGCUAAGGCCAGGGCCCAACAGGAAAAAGGACAGGACAUGUUUUUUGCGGCGAAGCAGGCCAUCGAUAGUGGAAAUGACAGCGCCAUGCAGUGCGUCGUAUUCAGGCCGAAGCGGAAGUGGGGACAACUUCUGAAGAGCCUCUGCAGCAAAUACAGGAAGAACAAGCCGCUUUUCUCAACCUGUCAAAAGCUUGCACAGGUCGUGCAAAAAACUCUCAUCGAACAGUGUGGAGAAGGGUCAUUUUAUGACUGCAGACGAAAACUCGGUUUCGUCAUCGCCAACCCCACGUUCGUCCAUGUCAAAGAUGACGGAGCGGUAUACCUUCACCCAAAAGACGAGUAUUUCGAGUUCAUCACCCAAGUGGUCAAAGACUACGAUGCCUGGAGCGCAGCUCGUUUGAUGGGAGAUUCCUGCUUCUACGACGCAAUGGCCACAUGCAACGCUCGGCAGAACAAUGACACGAUGAAGCGCAUUAAAAAAACAAAGGACCCAACGUAUAAGCGAGACGAGCAGAACGUUGCUUCCCGGCUCCAAGCUCUCCGGAGCGUCAUGAACGUCACCAGGACAACUCGAAUGGAUCCCUUGUUCCUGGCGUUGAUGUUCCAACUCCUCGACACAAGCCACUGCUCCCCAAGGCUGCUCAGUCGCCUCAAGAAACCGAAGAAGUCGCGAGAUGAGUGGAAAUACUUGCUCGUGCAAACCAUGGUGUACUGGUUUACCGUGAAUCCCACGAAGUGCGAGGAGAUCCUGGCGGGUGAUCCGGGAGUCCCGCCUGACCCGUGGGCACUGAAGUGUAAAGCGUUUCACUACUCCAUCAAACAGAAGAAGGCUAUCUCACCUCUCCUUACCGCUAUCGCAGAAAAUGAUUCAGUCAAAAGUCUCGCGCUCGCUGGGUCGUUGCGAACUGACAUUGAUACGGCGUCUGUCGAUCUAGAAGAUUUGGUCCUGCUGAAUGCCAAGACAGCCAUGGACACUCGAGGCGUUGCUCUAUUCUUGGUUCAGAAGCGGCGGCUCUCUCUGGCACUAUUGGACUUCUUUUCCCGGUCGGGUUUGCUGAGGAAGAUGCUCUCGUUCAUAGUUGGCAAGAUGAUCACGUUUCUUCUGCCGGAGACAGCUAAGCUUGCGGUGGUCGGCAACUUGUCGAGAGCACUCAAAAGGGGGACACAGAGCUCAGGACCCCGCGGACUCUUGGAGCAGUCGGUCCUGGAUAUGAUGGCCUGCGGCCACGAAGCCGUAAUUUAUUGCAUGACCAGUCGUCAGCAUUUGGCAAGGACAGCCGUCCGUGCCUUUCUAAAUGUUGCAGAGACAGCUGCCAGAAAAGAAGACCGGGAGGCGGCAAAGAAAGACCGGGCGGCGGCAAAGAAAGACCGGGCGGCGGCAAAGAAAGACCGGGCGGCGGCAAAGAAAGACCGGGAGGCGACAAAGAAAGACCGGGCGGCGGCAAAAAACGAAGACGUGGCGGUGGCACAAAAAGAAGACGUGGCGGAAUCGAAACGCUCUACCUCUCUUAUCCAAGUCAGCAUCAAUCGCUUCGGCAGCACUGCUCCUCCGCCUCCGUCGUCUAGUGACGACUUCUCAGACUUCGACGAGGUGGAUCUUGAAGCGGGAAAUGAAACCCUUUCGCCACUCGCACAGGAGUUUGUCACUUUCAUGCAAAACCAGCGUGUUGACGUUUAUCGGAGGGCAUGGGACGAAGGCGACGCCCACCGUUCAUCCUUCGACAAGUUCCGGACGCUGAUAGGCGUCCCGAGAUCGAGGCAAGCUUGGAAAAGGGCCCUCGUCAUCUGCACUUGGGGGCUAGGUCUCGCUACUUUCAUUAUGGGGAUCGUCGGCUUAGCCUUGUUCCCAGUCGGGCACUUGUUUGCGUAUUUGGGAGCACUCUCCUUGGCUCUCGGCGUCGGUGUUCUUUUGCUCAUCCCCGUCAUCAACUACGGCAUCCUCUGGGCGAAUGAAUACAACCGAAUCGCCUUCGUUGGUGGGCAGGAACUUGGCAGAGUGCCCCAAAAGCGCGUCAGGAAAACCGAACCGAAGUAUACUCCGGGCACACGCUUCUCGAACCUGUUGCAGACUCAACUUGAGCUGGAGCGUGCGGCUCAAGAAAAUCCGACCUUCGAUUCCGACGAGGACGAUGGAAAUCAAGGUUCCAGAUGA